AUGGCGUCGAGGCAACCACGAGGCGGCGCGCCUCAGUCAAGCGGUGUCGGCGCUUCCACUGCCAGUAGCCGCUCCAACGAGUACUUCGUCCCGAGGGACGGCAUCGAUCGAGAGGUCAUCACCGCCGACAUCUGCCGCUACCUCGGAAACGAUGCACUCGUCCGUCCUGGUCACUACGAGAACCCUCAAACAGGCCAGGCCGUCCAAGGCUACUACAUCACAGCCUACCGGAAUCUGACGACAGCUAUGAUCGAUGAUUUGAAGGCCCGACUCAGCUCGGGCCAGCCUUCAAGACAUUCUAACUCGCCCAUCCUAGGGUACCGUGACUCGGCCACCCACAAUGCCCGACAGCACUUUGGCCCCACUACCGAAACCGCCGGAGGAUACUCAGAUGGUCGUGACCCCUAUGAUGCUCCCAGAUACCCAGGAUCCCAAGCUCCAGGCUACUCAGGAAACUCGGGCUCUUACCCGUCGCAGGGCGGCGCCUCUGCGCACGCCUCCGUGCAAUCCAGCUAUGGCUCAACUGGUGGCUACCAGUACCCUCCCCAGAAUUCUACAUACUCUCCGCAGCCGGACCCAAGGUAUCCUGCUUCACAGACCGCCUCGUACGGACCACCGGACAUGCCAUACACCAAUGUUAGUGUGAACUCGGUCAACUCAGCCAUGCGCCAGCAGUACAAUGAUCCCUAUGGUAGCUCUCAGGCGGGUCAGCGCAUCCCCGCUGCCGCUGCGCCUGGUCCCGGACAGGCUUAUGGACAGCAGGCCGCCGCCGCUUAUGGCGGUGCUCCAGGUUACUACCCUCAGCAGCAGGCUGCCGCGAGCUACGGCUCUUCUCAGGCACAGGCCCCAGACACGAUAUAUGGUCGCGGUGCGUCUUCACCGAAUCCCCUAACCUCUACCCGAAAACCGUCUGAUUUUGUAGCUUCCCCCGCAGGUGCAUCCCAGGCCUUCAGCUCCGCCCAAGGACAACAGUAUGCUCCCAAUCCCACCCCGCGCGCCGCCGCUUCUUCGUCUUCCAGUACUCAAAUGGCCAGCAGUGCAGCACCUCAUUCUCGUCGCGAGAGGGAACCAACCGACAGGCACCGAGCCUCUCGCCGAUGA